AUUGGAGGGGGUGCUGCUCCUUACAACCUCCCUUCCUCUCAUAAAUACUACUCCUUAUCCCCCACCCCUCUCCCCACCUUCCACUCCUCUUCCAAUCCCAACUUCACCAACAGAGCUAAACUAAACUAAACACCACCCCCUUCAUCUCUCUCUUCGCUAUGGGCAGGUCUCCUUGCUGCGAGAAGGCUCACACCAACAAGGGUGCAUGGACUAAGGAAGAGGACCAGCGCCUCAUCGCCUACAUCAAGGCCCAUGGCGAAGGCUGCUGGCGAACCCUCCCGAAAGCCGCAGGCUUGCUUCGAUGCGGCAAGAGCUGCCGCCUUCGAUGGAUAAACUAUCUCCGGCCGGACCUCAAGCGAGGCAACUUUACCGAGGAGGAGGACGAGGUCAUCAUCAAACUCCAUGGCAUGCUUGGAAACAAAUGGUCUAUAAUAGCCGGUCGGUUGCCUGGUCGGACAGAUAACGAGAUCAAGAACUACUGGAAUACCCACAUCAAGCGCAAGCUCAUCAGCCGCGGUCUCGACCCACAGACCCACCGUCCUCUAAGCGGGGGUAACCAAUGCAACACCUCCAGCCAGCCACAAUUGGUCACCAUGACGGCCGAGGCAGCCUCAAAGCUGACCGACUCAACCACCGAGGAUGGGCACAGCGGAGGCAUCAUCAUCGACAGAGACGAAGAGUACCGAUGCCUAGACCUCAACCUUGAUCUCUCCAUCAGCCUUCCUUAUAACCCUUGUUCGAAGCCAUCGACUUCAUCCGAGGUCUUGAUGCCACCCACAGCAGCGGAGGCAGCAACACCAACUUCAGCGCCACCUUACGCACAAACCAUUUGCUUGUGUUACCAUUUGGGGUUCCAAAGAAGUGAAUCUUGUAGCUGCCAAACAAAUUCUGGCCAACAUGUUCUUAGAUACUACAGACCUUUGGAAGAGGGGCAACACAUAAAAUAGUUUGUAUUCAAACUUUUACCAAUAGAGAAGAGUGACAAUGUUCUCGGAUUCCAUAUUCUAGUUCUCCUUUUCUUUUUU